UAAGCAUUCCCCUCGUCUAUUGUCCAAACAUUAUAUGUAGCUAGCUAACGUUAGCUACUGAAACGUCCACGGCGAGUAAUUAACCAUCACAGGCACCUGCAAUCAAUAUGGAUGUGGUUGAGUUCCUGGUGUCCUUGCUGGAUGUGCAUAAACAACAGCUGAAAGCUCUGACCAGACAGGGGGAGAUCCAGGCCAAGGUCCUCAGCCAGCUUGUCAAGGAUGGUUUGACCAGAACCCUUGACCGGCCUUCACCCCAGGAUGAAGAGGAACAGAGAAGGCCUAGGAUGACACCAGGGAGAGAUAAAGACCCGGAGGACUGGGGUGCUAGGCUUGCUGGGCUGCUGCAAGAGGAGACACAGAAGAAGUGUCAACCGAUCAGACCCCAGGGGUUGUCAAAUGCAUUCCAGUCUAGAGUACUGGGACAGAUGUGGACUGUGGAGGACCAGAGCAGGCAGGACUUCCUGUCUCUGCGGUACGAACCCCAGAAGGGAGCCAGAGAGCUGGGGCAGAGGCUUGACUCAGCUGCUAAGCACUGGCUUAGGCCUGACCUAAGGACUGCUGCACAGGUAGAGCAGUGUGUUGCCAUGGAGCAGUUUCUGUCCCUCUUGCCAAAGGAGGCUGGUGCCUGGGUGCAGAAGCAGCAGCCUAGGGAUAUGGAGGAAGCGAUCAGAAUGGCUGAGCAGCGACUUGGGUCUGGUGUCUUCACCGUCUCCUCGCCUGCCCCUGACCGUACACAGACAGACACAGCACAGGGCUCAACAGAGACACAAGAACAAGGGAGUGUCAAGAUGCAGAGCACCAGUGAUCACCCAGAUGCUUUGACCAAGUCAUUUCUCAACCAGCUGGAGACUGUUAAGUCUGCCCAUUUCAGCCUAGAGAUUCCAGACAUGGGAGUAGCCAGCUACCAGGAGGAGAAGGAUGAGCAUAAGGGGGUCUCAGAGGAAGGGUCCAUAUUUGUGUGUAAGCAGGAAGUGGAGGACCCUGACUGGCAUCAGGAGAGUGCUCCUCCAGAGCCUAUCCAAAUGUAUGGGAGCACAACAGGACAUGAGAGCAUGUCUGUGGACACACCUUACAUCUCCCCUCCCAGACACAACUCUCUCUCCUCCACCAUGUACACUCAUCCAACACCUAGAGUGUCCAGUCAGAUCCCCUCCCCACAGUCGCCCCGAUCCCAAGCUCCUGAUGCCUAUCAUCCACAUGUCCAGGAUAGCCCAAUGACAGACAGACUUCAGAGUAACAAUCAUUCUAGUGACGAGACGGAGCUUACUGCCAGGUACACAGGGCUAAUCUCUGAAGACGGACAGCUGACCUGGGGGACCCUCCCAAGGGUUCCCUCACCCUCCUUCCACACUCGCCCUCCCUCGCCCUCGCCAUCCCACCGGUGCCCAGACUGUGGCUGCUGCUUCACCCAGCAAAGGAGCCUGGAGGAGCACAGGAACAUUCACACAGGGGCGAGGCCCUUCGUCUGUGGGGUGUGUGGGAAGGCCUUCUGCCACCGCCGUACUCUGAACAAACACACACGUAUCCACUCCUGGGAGAGACCCUUUCAAUGUACUGACUGUGGACAGACCUUCAAACUCAAAGACACCAUGAAGAGGCACCAGGUGUCCCACAGCAGGCCAGGGACAGGGCCAGGGGCACGUCAGCUCUCUCACUCACCCUGAUACUCCAUCUAGCAGCUAGCUGCUCACUCAGCACUUCACCUGGCAGGGAGGAGGCCUCGUAGUAAUCAGCACACAACAAGGACUGGUCAGAUGGCUUUCUCUGGAAAUAUCCUAAAUAGGCAGAUUUGUGUGAGAACGCUACCAGUGUUUUCUGUUGGUGUGUUCCAUAAACAGGACACUGGUUUGGAUUUCACAGGUGAACUGGUUGUUUCCAUGUAAACAAGCUCAAAUUACUUCUGUUUCAUUGCUCCCUUUGUGUUUUUGCAGAAUGCCCCGCCAUGGUCCAAGUUAGAGGUGUUUCAUGCAUUUGGAUAUUGUGAUAGUUAAUCUUGACUAAUUAUUUAUUAUGCAGAAUUGUUUUUUUGUGAUGUUUGUAUUUCAUUUAAUUCUUCAGGAGAGCAGAGAUCAGAACAUAUUGUGUCACAAUGUACUGUACUGGUUUAUGUAUUUGUUGUUUUAUGCGUAGUGUGUAUAUAUAUAUAUAUAUAUAUAUAUAUAUAUAUAUAUAUAUAUAUAUAUAUAUAUAUAUA